AGUUAUCUGUGGCGCGCAUACUGUUCUGCCGGGGGUAGUUUUCAACUCAUCCUCAGCGGACUCGAAUUAUAUUACGGUGCCGGUGCAUAACUCACGGAUUUAUUAAACAAAAGCGUGUGAAUCCUUAUUUAUGUUGAUCGUGGUAUGGAAUUCAUCACUCGUUCAUGUAUAAGAUGUUACAACCGGUUGAUUCGACUAACUUUAAAUUCCUAGUUACGAUGGCGAGCACUGUGAAGUCUGCGGCGUUCGAUAAACCAGUUUAAUAAACUGAAGGAAAGCCAGAUUUUUAACAUUUGUUUUAUCAGAUACGAAAAAUUUAGCAGUGUCGGUUUGAUGGGCUGUAUCGAAAACAAGUUAACCAGCUUUAAGUGUUUUCGAUACCAACUACACGCGCGUUGAUUGAAUUUAUUAAUUUAUUAAUUUUCGGCGUUGUGUAUUAAAAAAUCUAAAAUUAAGUAUUAUCGUUGUGGUGUAAAAUUAAAUCGUGUGUAUAUGUAUAAUAUUGAAAAAUAUCGUGACAAUGACAUUGCUCGCAAUUUGUAAAUUUAUCGAGUUACGUGGUGCGCUUUUCAACUCGACUUUGUCGCGUUAAUUACCUAAGUAGGUAUUUUACUUUGAUACUCGAAUUCGGCUAAAAAGUUCGCUGUGAUUGUUGUUAAUCGCGUAAGACAUGUGUGCCGUCGUCAUCUUACGCAUAUUGCACGUAUCGCGCCAAAAUUUAAUUUAUAGUUGAAUAAAAAAAUGCAACUGCGAUGCCGGAUUUUAUUACCAUUCGUAUCAUCGUCGUCGUUGAGCCGGCGCUAAUUACCAAACUAAUCGGAUUCGCGAACGUGGUGAUCCGUUUGUGAACAUGUUAACUUGAAAAACAAACACGUGUUUUUUUUAUUAAUAUUUUUUUUUUCAAGAAAAUGUAUUCAAAUAAUACAACUUCGUAUAUGACCGAUUCUUACGUGGUACCUGAUAAUUUCACCGAGUCGAGUAAUUUGAGUGAUUUUACGAGUUCGAUUUCAUUAAGUAAUUUCACAAGUACAUUUUCAGCCGAAAAUGUCUCUAGUCGCGAUUCUUUGUACAUAAUCAUUCCAAUGACCUUAUUUUAUAGUUUAAUUUUUGUUUCCGGUCUUAUCGGUAAUGUGAGUACGUGUAUCGUGAUAUUUUACAAUAAGUAUAUGCACACUGCUACCAAUUUUUAUCUAUUUAGUUUAGCCAUAUCUGAUUUGCUGCUCCUGUUGUCCGCGUUACCAAAAGAAGUAUACGAACUGUGGUUCAGGUAUUCCUAUGUUUUCGGAGAAGUAUCAUGCGUAUUGCAAGGUUUUGCUUCGGAAUCAGCGGCCAAUGCAACCGUUUUAACCAUAACAGCGUUCACUAUAGAAAGAUACGUAGCUAUAUGCCAUCCAUUUAUGUCACAAACUGUUUCGAAGCUGUCUCGAGCGAUAAAACACAUCAUAGUCAUAUGGCUUAUGGCACUGUGUCUAGCCAUUCCUCAGGCAAUUCAAUUUGGAAUUGUUCAUAAAUCUAAUCACGAAUUAGAAUGUACCGUUAUACCUUCAGUGAUGGACCAUGCAUUUGAAAUAUCCUCUCUAGUUUUCUUUGUAAUUCCAAUGUGUGUGAUCUCUGUAUUUUAUAUUUUAAUCGGAUUCCGACUACGAGAUUCUAGACAAAUAAAACAGUCUUCGCCGGGUCGUAUCGGAAUCCUCGAUCGACAAACUAGAAAAAAUCAAACCAGAGUGAUACGUAUGUUAGUUGCUGUCGUGGUUGCUUUUGUCAUUUGCUGGGCUCCAUUUCACGCUCAAAGACUUUUGGCCAUUUAUGGUUUACGUAAAGAAGAAAAACCUUCGAAUGCUAUCAUAACUUUGUACACAGUGCUGACCUAUACUAGUGGAAUAUUGUAUUAUUUAUCAGCCACUAUUAAUCCGAUACUCUACAAUAUCAUGUCCAAUAGAUUUCGAAGAGCUUUCAAGUUGACGUUUGGUCACCUUUGUCGGUGUUGUAUAAGCAAACAAAAAAGGCACAAGUACAUGAUCAAAUCACGUUCCUGUUACACAUGCCGAAUGAACCAUCACCACCAAGCAUCCACUCCUCGUUCGAGUCUUUCCCAAAAGGAAGAGAUUCCUCUCCAUAGUCAAAAAUCACAAAACGGGAUCGUGGAGAAACGACCCAGUCACGGUGACGAGAAUUCGGAAAGUGAAAAAGUUCUUAGCACAAAUUCCGUUGUCAAUAAUAAUAGCAUUAAACUUAACGGUAAAUGUAACAUUAAGAAGGAAAGAUCUCCCAUAGUGGCAAUAAAAGAGAAACUAAAUGUCAUUAGGCCUAUAACGCAACAAAAAAUUGCCACUCAUAAAUUUCGAAGUUUGAGCGAUUUAUGCGAUUCCAAAUUUACCGAAAUCGAAACCUUUCAUCAUAGCGAACGAAUUGAUCUUGUAUAAAAAUUAAAAUUUUAUAUCAUGUUUGUUACCAUUCGCGUUUUGUUGAAAAAAAAAAGUUAAUGACUUAACUUUGCAUAUAAAUGUACCUUACUGUAUGUAAAGGCUAAGAUUUUGAUUCAAAAACCGAUGAAAAUAUUCCAAGCAUAAAUGAACCAUGCUUCGUCAGUAUGUUUCACUUCUGCUCUGUCAAUUCGUAAAUAAUGUUCCUUUCUUUAGUAUCGUGUUUUCAAUUUUAUUUUAUUUUAUUCUUACAAAAAUGUAAAAUUGCUCGGUGAUGCAGUUUUUUUUAAAUAAAAUUUUAUCUUUUUUGCAUUUAACUAAGAUUUAAACAAUGAAUGUUAUCAUCUACAUUUUACAUAUGUACGAAUCGUGAAAGAAGCUGAAAAAGUUUGAUCGUUUUGUUUCUUUGUUUGGUUUCGUUCGUAAAAAUAGCGAAAAUCCUUUUCCGCGUGACGACUGUGAAUUUUUAGCGAGUAAAAAUAAACGUGUGUAAUCGAAUCUUGAAAAUAGCCAAUUCCAGCUUGCAACUACUCGUACCUAAUUCGAACGCGACGCUGAAUGUUUAAAAUUAGUGUCAAAGAAAAGCUUUUGACUGACGAAUUUUAUCAGCAUGAAUAAUGUUUACUGUUCAAUCAGGUGUUUAAAUGAAAACGCCACGUGGACAAAACCUCGCGUGUAUAGGUACCUAUUUAGUUAAUCAAAUCAUCGUAUUUUUCUCAAACUUAUAAUUUCGAAGUUACGUAGGUUUGAAUUGAAAUCGUGGUUUGUUUUUAAAAUUUAAAAAUACUCGAAAUUUUUUUUAGUAUGUUGGAGUAAGGUACCUAUUUUUUCUGCAAAGAUUAAAUUCGCAGUUUGGAGAGUGAACUACGUAAACGGCAUAAAUUUGGGUUACGAAGUUCCAGUUCAUAAAUUUUAUGUGCCCAGCACCCGAAUCUGGUUAUUCAAUUACAGAGGUUGCAUUUUCAAAAUUACCCUUUUAUUACUUUUUUCCCGUAUCAUUUUUAUUUUUAAUAAUACGGCUUUUUUAUUAGAAAAUGUUCGGAGAAAGUUGCCUUCGAAACGAAUGUUUGUCUUGCGAAGGAAAUGCACGAGAAAAAGUCACCAAAUAUUAUGGGCGCUUCUUGGUUAUCUGAAAUUUUGCAUUAUUAUGAUUAAAAAAUAAGAAAAAAAAGUCGUUUUAAUGGAGUCGAAUAAAGUGAAAAAAUUACCAUUAAUAAUAUUAAAUGUUUCUUAUCUCAUUUUAAUAGUUUUUAAAACAUCGUUUCAUUGUCGUAAAAUAUAAAAUUGAUUAUUUUCCAAUUCCUAUCGAUGAUUGUGGCGUAAAAAAUAAAAAACUGACCCCCCGCUAACAAAAAAAGUAUAAACUUAGUUUAAUUUUCCAUUUUGUAUUUUCUCGUUAUUUUGCGUUUAAAAUUCGCCAUUUUCGCAUCGUAUGUAUAGUUACCGCAAAAAAAUGCAACUCGUCCGCGUAAAUAUUAGGCAACAAUUUUCGGUAAAACUCGUUACCGAGUUGGUUUAUUUUAUUGUAUUUUUUAUCUUGGCAAUCGUUCGACAAUUUUUUUUCACUUCAAAAAGAAAAUUCCACUCAACUCUACUCGAUAAAUUUAACAGCCGUAAAAUUUGUAUGAAAACUUGCUAGCUUCGUGAACAGCUUAAUCGUUUAUGAGUUCACGAAAAGAAAUUACGUUUUUUUGCGUUACACGUAUCUAAUCUAAUGCAACACUCGCAGUCACAGCAUUUCUUGAAAUGAAAUCUUUUUCUACUACGAUUAUGACACAUCUACCAUGAUAUUAAUACGUAGAUAAAAAUUUUAUAAAUGAAAUUUUCCAGCGGAAAGUUCAACUUUUUUAUUUUUAUUUUCUUUCCUCUUUCACUGAUGUUGAAAAAGAAAUUCGUAAAAUAUUGCGCCAUUUUUAUUAUAUUUACAUCGUUUUUUUAUUUCCUUUUUUUUUUGCAACUGGGCAAAUUUUGUUUCUCGAGUUGUACGUAUAAAAAAAAAUAAAAAAAAGUUCUUCGAGUUUAGGUAACCGUGAAAUGAAAUACUAAUAAUGAAUAGUGAAGAGGAUGAUUUAUUAAAUAGAUGAUGUUGUUAAUGUGUUUUUGUUAAUCUUCGAUUUGUACAUAUAACAACUUCGUAUAAUACGUAUACUUAUACUCAGCAUAAAUUUAUGUAUCUUUCGCUUUGGUAACAACAAACAUUGAAAUGUAAUCUUUAUUCAUGCAAAAGUGAUUUAUGAACGGUACUUGUAUUUAUGUACAACCUGAAGUGUAUUUUCUUAUGUUGAAUUUUCUCGCAUGUUAAUUGUGAUACAAAAAACAUUCACGUACUUUUUACUCGUAGGUUAUUCGGAGUAGCCUAGUUGCUGUAUUUACGGAGCUAGAAUUCUCGAAUGAAUAAAUAUUUUUUUUCUCCGUGGAAACUUUUACUAAAUAAUAAUACAUGUUUAAUUGUUCGAAGUCGAUGUUGUUGGUGUUUUUGAUAUUAAGUAUUACUAUUUUUUAUAGGAAUGCGUUGAAUUGAAAUAGAGGUAGCUGAAAUGUGAAUAAUCUUUAUACUUAAUAUGCAUUUUUUUGAUUUUUAUUUAGAUGCAUAAGCUAUGUGAAUUAUAAAUGCCUACCUACAAAAACUUUAGCCUUGAAGCAGAUGUUUGAGCUUUAAGCUGAUGUUUUUCUUUUCUUUUUCGUUUGUUUUAUGUUUUAAUUAUAAUGUUUUUUGUAUAUCUGUGAUGUGAUUUUUAUACUUAUUUGUUAAAUAAAGGCUUUUUUUUUAAAUA